CAUCUAUUUACACAAUUGCGCUUUUUUUCUAAUCAAAAAAAAUUAAAAACAAAAGACGAAACCAUUUUGGAAAUUUAUAAUUCAAUGGUUAGGCAGUGGUAACCCCUAAAUACCUCAGAAUCAAUACUUACUCUACUUACUGUACAAUGUUUUUAGUAAAUGAUUUCAAUUAAGAAUUCAAAAGAUAGAUAUUUGCACGGUUCUGGGAGAAAAAAGAGAAGGAUUUGGAAGGAAUGUUUGAGCACUUUUUGUCCUUGUUUUGCUAACAACUGUAGUAUGAUAACAUUGCUCCUUUGAACGUAAGUACUUGACAGCUUUGAAUACCAUCUUAUGAAUUAAAUAAUUAAUUAGCCUAUUUACCCACAAUUUUCCUUGGUUUUUCAUGAUCGACUGAAACUGAAUCCUCACUACUGACACAGUUUUGCAAGCAUAACUCUUCCAAAGAAGAUGUCACGUUCAAGGAGUAAAACAAACUCGAAGAUGGUGUCUUUUGCCAGUGAGUACCCCGAUAGUCCAACUUUCCCGAGAUGGAGAACCUACAGUACAAACAGCAGUGACUCUUUUUUCUGUUCAUCUUCACUGGAUGAUAUUCCGGCUGUUCAGUAUAAGAGCGUAUCAAUUAGGAAAAGUUUUGGUGGAAUAUCAAGGUUAGAAAAUCUCAGCUUCCAAAACUCAGUUCACUUGGCAGCGUUAUCAGGGGAUGAGAACGAAGUCAAGAGACUUCUGUCAAGAGGAGCAGAAGUAAAUAAGCUUGAUCACCAUGGAAAAUCACCUCUUCACAACGCCAUUCUCAGCCGAGUUCCAUCCGUGGUACAAGUUGUACUUCUCGCAGGGGCUGACGUCAAUCUACCUGAUCGUCAUGGCGACACACCUCUACACAUCGCUGUUGGGACAGGAAGUGAAGAUAUAGUCAAACUUUUGCUCCAGUGUUCCGGUUGCCAUGUCGGCACCGCUGGACAGAAUGGAAUGACACCGCUCCAUAUUGCGGCUCAGUUGGACCACAAAGGCAUCGCGGUCAUGUUGGUCGCCCACGGAGCAAGUAUCAGUGACAAGGCUGGGUAUCUCUUAACACCUUUUGCGCUUGCUGUGUCUAAAGGCUCACAGAAUACAGUCAAAUACUUCUUGGAUAUUGCCCAAGAUAAAAAACUGCUUUUUCACGACGUCGACGAAAUGGGAUCAAAUAUACUGCACUAUGCUGUGGAAAGCGGUGAUCUGCAGGUUGUUGAAAUGUGCCUUCGGCAAGGAGCUUGUCCUCGACAAAAAAGGGUUGAGGACGAAUGCACACCAUUACAUCUGGCGUGUAGUCGUGGCUAUCUCGACAUUGUCAAAGCCAUUGUAAAUAAUGACCCGACGAUUAUGACAAUGGAACUAGUGGAAGCUCAAGGGAUGACACCAUUACAUAGGGCCGCUUUGGGAAAUCACUCCGAGAUCAUUAAAUUUCUCAUCGAGAAGGGUUCUGCUGUGGACCCACGUGACUUUAACUGUCACACGCCAUUGUUGUUAGCAUCAGCCAAUGGUUGCACAUCAUCAGUCCAAAUCCUUCUGGAGAAAGCUGCAGAUAUAGCGUUAAAGGAUUCGAACCUUAAAUCCUGUCUUCAUGCUGCAGUUGGAUACAGUACAACCUUGGUUAUUUUGUUAAAGCAACCAAAAGCGGUUCCACUGGUUUCUGAGAAAGAUGUAUUUGGAUUAACACCGUUACACUACGCCACACAGCAAGGGAACUUUAAGGAUACGAUGCAACUCCUCGCUUGCAAUCCGUCUUCUAUUGAAGUCACGACUGAUACAGCUGACGAAACCGCUCUUCACUUGGCCGCAAAGGACCGUUUUUCUGACAUCGUCCAACUGAUGCUUGAGGUUGAGCACAGGAAUGAACGCGUUCUAAACGCUAAAAACAAACAGAAGCGUACUGCCCUCCAUCUCGCUUGCAUCGAGGGUAAUGAAUCGGUGGUUGAACUGCUGGCACCAGAAACCGAGAUAAACGGCGAUUUGUCACAGCAAAACCCAUUACAUCAUGCAGCAAGGAAUGGAUCCCUGAAAUGCGUGGAGCUGGUGUUGCAGGCUCAUCCGAAGUGCUUGAACGAUCUAGACAAGAACAAGAAUACAGCUCUAAAUCUUGCCGCCACCGCUGGGCAUGCGCAUAUCGUCGAGUUUUUACUGUCUAUUGAUUCGCUCAUGAUCACGUGCAAUGCGUCUGAUAUGAAUGCUCUGGAUCUGGCCAUCGAGAACAAGUGGGAAAACGUUGCCUUGGUGAUAGCAGAUCACGAAAGAUGGCAACAAGUGCUUCACCCCACCCCCCUUGGGGAUAACAGUCAAAUGGAUAUUUUGGUUCAAACUCUUCCAAAUGUAGCAGAGCGAUUUCUUGAUCGAUGUAUCGAGACAGAAGGCAAUUUAUCUGAUAAAGACUACAAGGUAACCUACGAUCUUCGUCUCAUCCAAGGAAUGAGCCUCCCUGGAGGUUCGGAGAAAGGCUACUCUCUAAAAUUCCUCAAGACAAUGGCUGCAUACAGGAGAGAGAACUGCCUUGGUCACCCUGUGUGCUACCUGCUGAUGAGUCUUAAAUGGCGUAAGUUCGGAUGGUUCACGUUUAUCGCAAAUAUCAUCAUUUACCUAAUUUUCUUGCUGUCGAUAACAACUAUUGUGCUGCAAACCCAAACAAUCUGUAAAGACAAAAUCGGAAAUACGAAUUCUUCAGAAGAGAAUGCUAUGGAGACGAACCAUGAAUGGUGGACAUGUGGACAAAACCAGAAGUUUAAAGGCCUGAUAAUCCCCCAGUUCCUAGUGAUCGCGCUUUCCUUUCUUCUCGUUACUAAGGAAUUAGCACAAAUCAUCAAACUGCGAAGAAAAUACUUCGACGACAUCACCAACUUCAUUGAGUUACCCAUCUACGCAGCAGCUCUAUUUUACUUGAUUCCAGUUUGCACGUGCAAGAAGAUAUUUCAGGUCGAGGCUGGAGCUUUGUGUUUGUUCCUGGCUUGGAUCAACCUAGCUUUGUACAUGAGAAGGUCAGCUGUGUAUGGACGUUACGUAGUCAUGGUACUUUCUAUGUUGAAGACAGUUCUUGAGGUUGCAGUACUGUUCAGUUUAUUCAUUGUUGCAUUUGGAAUGGCCUUCUUCAUAUUGCUCGACAAUAUCCAAGUUUCUGCGUUUUCAACCGUCGGUAAAUCUUUUGCCAAGACGUUUGUCAUGACUCUGGGAGAAGUGUCCUAUGACAGCACCUACAACCAAACCGAACUCAAACAUAGCUUCCUCAACUAUUUUAUCUUUGUGAUUUUCUGCUUCUUGAUGCCUAUCAUCCUGAUGAACAUGUUGAUUGGUUUAGCUGUUGGUGACAUCGAUAAUAUUCGUCAGCAUGCAGUAGUGGAGCGUUAUAUCAUGCAGAUUGAACACCUGAUAGAGUUGGAGGAGUCUCUCCCCAUGUGGAUUCUUCGUCGAUUGAGGAUUAAAGAACACGUGGAAUACCCCAACCAACCUAAGGGACUCGUUACCAAGCUUUGGGAUGCUUUUUGUAGUCUUGGUAUCCCUAAGGAGGACUCUUCAGAUUACCACCACAGGAUUCCCAUGAUGCUAACACAGAUCAACGACAAGAUUACCACUAACGAAAACAGGAUUAAAGAAUUGAAUAACGCUAUCAUAAGACAAAAUCAAAUCUUGCGAGACAUUAACCGUCGUCUGACCGGAAGUACAGAAAGCACCGGAACUAGAAUUAUGAACUGGUUCUCUUCCGGUCUUGGAGAUUGGAAAACUCCAAACUUCAGUAGUUGGUAUCAGUAUAAGUAGUAAAAGUCGUCUUGAAGUUCUUGAGCGCUUUCUUAAGGCUUUAUAAUAUUUUAAAUAUAUCUUAAGAGUGCGAUAAAAAAUAUUUGCUACACAGCUCUAGUCUAGUCAAAGUCUAGUCUGUGGCGGGGCGAAUGAAUUAGGGACUAGGAGAGAAGGGAACCGAGGGGGGAGGGGGGGUGGGGAGGGAAAGGUAAAGCGCCCCCUUAUUCCCCUCAUCCUCAUCUUCUUCGACGUCCUUUCUCCCUCAGACCUCAAACCAUUCGUGCCACUACGGUUUCUAAAAUUCAUGCCAUAUUGAAAGCAUUUAUAAGUCUUUGUAGUAUUUUACUAAACUAUCCACAUCGACUAGCAUUUUAUUCCUUGGCACUUAUAUAACCGCUUUACUUUAAAACUGUGGUAAACUCGUUCACUCGGGCACCUUUGAGUUGCGCAACUUGAAGAUAAAUGGUUCAGUUGAACUAAAACAACACUUAUAAAACAUAAAAAAGAUAAAAAAARAAAACUUUAACUCGUACUUAAUUACUUUAAAUUAUAAAACGUAAGUAACACCAAAUAAAAUAACUUUUACAUCGGAAAUUAAAAAUGAAGACCCAAAAAUAAAAGAUAUAUCGAGUCUUUAUUGUGCGUUGCUAGAAUUCCAGACAAGCGUUCUAGAGUUGCUAUCCCAGCUAAAAAAGCAAAUUUUGUUUAUCAAAUUAACAGCUCUUUGGUGUGCAUUUCCAACUUAUACGAUCUCGAUAACCAUUCUUAUGGGAAGCCAUUUUAAUGUUACGAUAGGUCGUACCCUGUACACGCUGCAAGUCAGCCUGUACGUUUCCUCCUCAUACGAUUACCCUACGAUAACCAUCUUAAUGGGAAGCCAUUUCAAUGUUACGGCGUCUUAACGUGUAUAUGCUGUAAGUCAGUACCGUAUGUUUCCAACUCGU